UUUCUAUCAAACGGAAAAGUUGAGGUCUAAAAAGGCAAAAGGGUGUAUCGUAAUUCGUCUCUUCUGGUGGCUGAUCGUCACGGAACAGAACAAUCGAGAAGAGUCGGCCGCUAAUUUCUCCAGCUUUAACCGGAAUUAAUGGCUAUGCACGCCGGUGUUCAGACAUCUAAGGUCCUCAUCCUACUCGGCGCAGGUGUCUCUGGUUCGAUCGUGUUGAGACAUGGGAGGUUGUCUGACGUAUUAGCGCAGCUUCAAGAGUUACUCCAGGGUGCUGAAGGAGUUGAAAGCACACCGUAUAAGUAUGACAGUGCACUCCUUGCUGCUCAGAUUCGACAGCUCGCAAAUGAAAUCAAAGAACUAAGUAGGAUUAAUCCAGUCACCAUAUUUAACGGAGAUUCAAACUCCAAUGGCUAUGCGUCUUACCUGGUUCCGGCGGCCGCCGUUGGAGCUAUGGGAUACUGUUACAUGUGGUGGAAGGGUUGGUCAUUUUCUGAUGCUAUGUUUGUGACAAAGAAAAAUAUGGCUAAUGCAGUUGCAUCUGUUUCAAAACAACUCAACGAUUUGUCAGAAACAUUAGCGUCAACAAGGAAACAUCUUUCUAAGGAGCUAUCUAAAUUGGAUUGGAAGGUGGAAGAGCAGACCGAGAUAUCUAAAAUGAUCUUAAAUGAUGUAACCGACAUGAGAUCUAGCAUCUCGCAAAUUGGGUUUGACUUUCAACAACUUAAUGAAAUGAUAUCCGGAAUAGAAGGGAAGAUUGAAAGUCUUGAAAGCAAACAAGAUGUAACCCUCUCAGGACUAUGGCAUCUAUGUCAACUUGCAGGCGUCAAAAACAGCACAAGCACUAAAGUCUUUCAGGAUGUUGGUGCGAGAUUACCCAUUGACACAAAACCAUCAGCUGUUAACUCUCUCUCGGGUCUGCGGUUUCUCACAGAAAGCGAGGAGGGAGCAAACGUAAUACACAAGAAGGUUUUGGCGAAAGAAAGCUCGGUGAUGGAGAAACCGGUGGAGGAAAAAACAAAAGCCGGCGUCGCGGCGGCAAGCACCAGAGUUCAUAGAGCGUUUCCGGGUGGAAUAUCUUGGGUACGGGACGUUACCGGUCUAUCGUGAAAUAUUGUUUGGGUUGAUUUACAAAGCAUUUGCCUUUAUAUUCGUCUUAGUUCUGAUACUGAGACUGGGCAAUCAUUUUUUCUGUAUAAAAAAAAGGAAAAGAAAAAUUCCCAAAGAAAGUAAGUAAACUAUACACAUGUUGUUGCAUUCAUCAACAGUUUGUUUUGCCCUUAUUAUUUGGUGUUGUCUUGAUGUUUGUAAAAGAAAAGAAAGUGAAAAUUGAAAAAACGCUUUCACGCACGUAUGCUGUUAGAAUGACAAUAAGUUGAUACGUGGAUUAUUGGCCUUAGAUAAUUUUUCCUCUUUUUUUUUGAGUUUUGUGAUCUAUUUUGUUGUAAUUCGAAUCAGAAUUACUACUAGCUUUUUGAUAUUCUUUUCA